AUGGCCUACAUCGGGCCGCCCAUCACCGUGGCAGACGUGGUGGUGCGGCCCAGCCGGUCCAUCAUCAAGCAGAGCUACGACGCGCGGGAGCGGCGCAACGACAGCAGCCUGCCCUUCCACCUGGGCUACGGCAACCUCAACGGAGACGGCUUUGGCAUCGGCUGGUUCCCGCCAGACAGCGCCUGCGCCACCGCCGACCACACGCCCUGCGUGUUCACCUCCAUCACCCCCGCAUGGAACAACGACAACCUCAACCGCCUGGCCACCAAGCUGGAGAGCGGGGUCAUCUUUGCGCACGUGCGCGCCGCGUACCCGGGCAUGCCCGUGUCGGAGGCCAACUGCCACCCCUUCCAGUGGGGCCGCUACAUCUUCAUGCACAACGGCGUGGUGGCGGGGUUCAUGCAGAUCCGGCGCCGCCUGCUGGCGGAGCUGGGGGAUGCGGUGUACAAUGCGGUACAGUCCUUCCACAGCGACUCCGCCGUCAGGCUGGGCGAUGCAGGCGGGCACCGCUCCGGCAUCAAGAGCCGUGGCACGGCACCUCACAGCCCCUCCCUCGCCCUGUCCCCCCCUCUGCGCCCCGCCUGCAGCAUCCAGGCGGAGGCGGGCAUGGCGCCGUCCGACGUCUCGCUGCUCAACUUUGUGGUCAGCGACGGGCGCAGCCUGAUCGCCACGCGCUACGUCAGCAGCGCUGACGAGGCGCCCGCCUCCCUGUACUACGCCGAGGGCAGCGCCUACGAGCGGGAACAGCUGAGCGGCGAGGAGGGCGACUACCACCUGCUCUACUCCGACAAGGGCAGCCGCGUGUGCCUGGUGGCCUCCGAGCCCGUCACCUCCGCCGCCCACGACUGGUGCGAGGUGCCGGCCAACACCGCGCUGGUGGUG